GUAUGUAGAGGCGGUGUUUUUCUCCAGUCGUCAGAUCGCUACAAUCUUUUCUCGAGCGCCGAGGAUUGCGUCUUGGUAUCUGUCAAUGAUGGACAGCGGUGGUAAAAGAAUAACGAUCCGUCUGGCAACAUUGGUCUUCUCGCGAUAUGUUCUCAGUGGGUGGGAAAGCCAGAAAUAUGGCAGCGGUCGUGCUGAGGUCCUGCCGCAAAGGACUUUCUCACAUUUUGAAGAAUGGAGGAGUCGCUACUAUCUUGCCAAAGACUUUGGGAGGGGUGAGACAGAAGUCCAAUGUGCAGUAUGUGACAAGGCCAGAGCUCCCUAAGCUGGCCUACCGCAGGGUAAAGGGGAAGAGUCCAGGCGUGGUCUUCCUGCCUGGGUAUGGAUCCAACAUGAACGGCCUGAAAGCUGAGGCCCUGGAGGAGUUCUGCGGGUCACUAGGACAUUCAUACCUAAGGUUUGACUACACUGGCCAUGGGUUAUCAGAGGGGGUGUUAACUGACGGGACCAUUGGCACCUGGAAGAAAGACGUUCUCUUUGUGUUGGAUGAACUAGCAGAGGGCCCACAGAUCAUGGUGGGGUCCAGUAUGGGCGGCUGGCUCAUGCUGUUGGCAGCUAUCGCCAGGCCGGAGAAGACUGCGGCUCUGGUGGGGAUCUCCACGGCAGCAGACCAUGUCGUCACAGCCUUCAAGUCAAUGUCUCUAGAGGUGCGUAAGGAGAUUGAAGAGAAGGGUGUGCUGACGAUGCCCAGCAAGCACAGAGAGGAGGGCGUCUACACAUUCACCAUGGACUUCCUGAAGGAGGCGGAGAACCACUGUGUCCUCCAGAGCCCCAUCCCCAUCACCUGCCCCGUGAGGCUCAUUCACGGCCUGAAGGACGACGACGUGCCCUGGCACAUCUCCAUGCAAGUGGCCCAGCGCGUCCUCAGCCCCGACGUGGACGUCAUCCUCCGCCGCCACGGUCAGCACCGCAUGGCCGAGAAGGACGACAUCAAGCUCAUGGUCUACACCAUUGACGACCUCAUAGACAAGCUGACCACGCUCGUUUGAGUCGGUGGAAGGGUUAGGGAAGGGGGGGUGAGUUGGAAAUC